AGUAUUAAUAAUAAUAAUGUCUCCAGUGUGGAGUAUUGAAUGAUGUGGGGUCGGCCAUUUUACCUGAGCCCAAUAUUUACUGAAAGCUAUAUAGUUGUCUUCAACAAAAUGUCUCCGAGAAAGGUCCCAAUUAGAGAGUUCUCGAGCUCUAGUGUUUAAAACACGGUAACACAGUCUCCCUUGUCUCUCAUCAUCAAGGUCUAGUCCAAUUACCAGACUCUCUGGUAGAGCCAAUCAGCGCGUUAUACGUCACACCACUGGAAAAAGAGCAUCUUGCGCAGCAACAAACAAACGGGAUGGACCAGUCUCCGCCCCUGGGCGUGGCGGCACAGCGAGGGGUGUGGCCGGCUGUAGGAUAUUUAAUGGCUGGCAGUGGGCGGGCCCCCGCAGUCCGUGGGUUCCUCGGGAGCAGAAAGAGUAGUCCAUCCCUGGCUGCGGUUCCGGGAGAGGCGGCAGGCACGAUGAGUUCCGGCACCCCGUACAUCGGCAGCAAGAUCAGCCUGAUCUCCAAGGCCCAGAUCCGCUAUGAGGGAAUCCUGUACACCAUCGACACCGACAACUCCACCGUGGCCCUAGCCAAAGGUGCGGGGCCCCACCGGAACUGCGUCACAGCCACCCCCCCCCACCUGCCCUGACUGGGGGUAUCUACUGCUCCCCUCCCCCCCUCACCUGCCCUGACUGGGGGGCAUCUACUGCUCCCCUCCCCCCCUCACCUGCCCUGACUGGGGGGCAUCUACUGCUCCCCUCCCCCUCAUGCUCCUCACCUCCCCUGCCUGACUGGGGUAUCCCCUCCCCACCACUGCUCCCUCCCCCUCCCUGCUGGGGCAUCUGCUACUGCCCUGACUGGGCAUCUGCUGCUCCCCUCCCCCCAUCUCUGCUCCCUCCCCCCUCACCUGCCCUGACUGGGGCAUCUGCUCCUCCCCCCUCACCUGCUGGCGGGGGCAUCUACUGCUCCCCCUCCCCUCACCUGCCCUGACUGGGGCAUCACUGCUCCCCUCCCCCCUCACCUGCCCUACUGGGGGCAUCUACCUCCCCCUCACCUGCCUGACUGGGGCACCUCCUCCACCUGCCCUGACUGGGGGCAUCUACUGCUCCCCUCCCCCCUCACCUGCCUGGCUGGGGCAUCUGCUCCCCUCCCCCUCCUGCCCUGCCUGACUGGGGCACUCUACUGCUCCCCUCCCCCCUCACCUGCCUGACUGGGGCAUCUGCUCCCCCCCCUCACCUGCUGACUGGGGCAUCUGCCUCCCCCCCCCUCACCUGCCCUGACUGGGGGCAUCUGCUCCUCCCCCCCCCCCCUCCCUGACUGGGGCAUCUACUGCUCCCCCCCCUCACCUGCCCCCCUGCUCCCCUCCCCCCUGCCUGCCUGACUGGGGGCAUCUGCUGCUCCCCUCCCCCUCACCUGCCCUGGCCAGGGCAUCUACCACUCUCCCUCCCCACCUGCCUGACUGGGGCAUCUACCUGCUCCCCCCCCACCUGACUGGGGCAUCUGCUCCCCCCUGCCUGCAUCUACUGCUCCCCACUCCCCCCUGCCCUGACACUGGGGUAUCUACUGCUCCCCCCCUCACCUGCCCUGACUGGGGUCAUCUACUGCUCCCCUCCCCCUCACCUGCCUGACUGGGGUCAUCUACUGCUCCCCUCACCUGCCUGACUGAGGCAUCUGCCUCCCCUCCCCCUGACCUGCCUGACUGGGGCAUCUGCACUCCCCUCCCCCUCACCUGCCCUGACUGCUCUACUGCUACUGCAUCCCCUCCUCCCUCUUCACCUGGCCUGACAGGGCAUCUACUGCUCCCCACCCAUCUGGCCCUGACAGGGAGUUAUUCCCCUCACCUGACCUGACAGGGGGUAUUUCCUAUCCAUCCCCCUCACCUGCUCUGACAGUACCCAUACUGCACUCUGGACAUGCCUCCCGCUCACCUUGGCACUAGGACACAAAGCCAUUAGUUGGAAUAGGGCUUUAUUGACUAAACACUUAUAGGGACACUAUAGCCCCUAAAGCCGUUUUUCUGUAAUAAUACAGUUUUGGUUUUUAAAUGUCUCUAGGUCAAUGGACUUUAAAGACUUUCCUUUCUGGAGCUAGGAUCCAGGUUAACCAGUGAGUUUGUCUAAUAUGUGUACAGGCUAUGUAGUACUAACUCCACACUGUUUGUUUCCCUUUUAGUGCGCUCAUUUGGAACUGAAGAUCGACCCACUGACCGUCCAGCCCCUCCUCGAGAAGAGGUUUAUGAAUAUAUCAUAUUCCGGGGCAGCGACAUCAAGGACAUCACUGUGUGUGAACCCCCCAAGGCCCAGCAUGGCUUGCCCCAGGACCCUGCCAUUGUCCAGGUGAAAUCCUCUGGGCAUCCUGGCUCUAACACCUGGUACUGGAGGGGUGGGCACUGACCUAAGCUGGCUUAUUGCACAUGACUGGCAGUCGAUGCUGUGGUUUGAUGAGUGUGCCCAGCUGUCUUCAUGCAAUGGUUGAACUAGAAUUCCUGACAUUUGUACUUGGCAUGGCUCUGGUGGCUGCAACUGGUGACCUCUGAUGUGCCUAGUCAUGGCUGUCUCAGUGGCACUUGGGACCCGGAAGCCAAUGGUUAUUCUAAAUGGAUAUGUCCAUGAUUAAAGCCCUCGGGAAGCUAGGUCUGGGGUGUUAUACUGCCCCUACAGCUAUUGUCGGAUUUUUCUUAACUUGCUGCUGGUCUAUAGCUAAGAGUUGUGCCAGUUGUAGUUGACUAUCUGAGAGCCUCUGACAUUAAAUCGUGGUGACUUAAUAAACAAGUUGUACAUUGCCCGCUACUGAAUGCAUUAGCCAUGGGUUAGUACAGUCAGUGAAUGCAUGUAUGGGGCUCCACUCUCCCAUAGAAGGAAAUGUCAUUAAAUGCACUGAAAGUACGAUCAUUAUCUCCAUAUAGUCUGUCUGCUUCAGGCCUUGGGUGUGACAUGUACUAGUCGGCUGUUACAUGACCUCUCGGUUUCCUCUGGCCAACCUACCCUGUGCUUUCUGAUACAAUUAUAGUAAUAUCGCAUGUAGCUAGCACUGGGAGACUCUCUGCUUGUUCCACCAAUCCCCUUACAUGGCCUGCUAUAUCAAGUCGCCCAUCUGAGGUUUACAGUUACUCUGUUCUGCUCGACCUACAGUUGGUACUCUCUGCCUUUUUAUGCAUCCUGCCAUUACUACUAAUCCCUGGCUCACACCCCAUAGUGCCCUGUCUUGCCAUGCAAUGUUUGCUUAAUGUCUGAAAGCUGUACUCUCUGUAUACAGAGCAUCCGUGUAGAAACCAAAGAAUUGGGAGGGGCACCUUUAAUGUGUCACCUAGGGAGCAAGCAGAUGUUAAGUCAUGCUGUUUUUCUCUAGGUGAAUUUAGAGCUAGAAUUGGGGAGGUUAUUGGUAGAAUGUGAGUCAUGUUAAGAUCCCUGUAGCAGAAAGAGGAUCCAGGCACUCUAUAUCACAGUAUGUUUAUUGGAACAUGUGGGACACUGCAACUUUUCGACCCCUGAUAGGGUCUUUGUCAAGCUUUAAGAUCCCUGACAUAAUUUUUAAUAUCCAAACAUUUGCAAUGUCUAACAAAAUAAACUAAGUUUUUCCACUAAUAUUUGCAUUUUCUUGAAAUGUUUAUGUUCUAAAAGGUAAAUAGAGACCAUAACAAUCUCUUUUAAAAUGUGUUUUGCGUCUUGUAUAGUAAAACAUUAUAAGCUACACCUUCCUAAAUUGGUGUUAUACCAUGAUUUUCAGGGGGGUUUUCCUUUUUGGAUUUUCAUGUUUGGUUACAUCCUGCUGCUAACACAGAACACAGAGGAUAUAAAGGAUAACGGUCUGUUGGUUAUCUCCAUGACUGCCUGUUCUAGAAGCAGGAAGUCUGUUUACUAUACAAGAUUUGGCCAAAUGGCUUUCCUGAACAUACUUUGCUCCUGAAAGAUGGUUCCCCUCCAAGUAACGAGCUGACAGAUCAGACUCAAUGUUGUAUAUUGCUGUUAAUACAUAGUGUAGUUAUGGGAAAUGUAGUUGGGAUAACGAGGCAUGCCAUCACUGCUAGGAUUUGAAAGCCCCCACCUAUACUCUGGCAGGGACUGCUUUGCAUUGGGCUACCAUUAACUGGCUUUUCUUUGACUUUCUCCCCUCAGUCAUCUUUGGGCUCUGCCCCAGCUGCAUCCUACCAGUCAUCCGUGCCUUACAGCCCAUUCCGAGGCAUGCCAACCUACAGCCAGCUUGCUGCCACCUCCCUCCUCAACCAGCAAUAUGCUGCCUCACUGGGUUUGGGUAAGUGACUGUACUAAUGUAUUGUCCAAAUUGAAUAGUUACACUGGGAUCCUACCACUGGCAUUGCCACUUGCCCAAAUGUUAAGGGUGCUACAGAAAGUACCCUAGCCUACCAGGACCAGUCUAAUGCCCCAGCCCCUGUCUGGAUGAAUAAACUUACUGGAGUCUGCUGUAUCUGGCUACCACUAGCUCACCUGGCUAUCUGAGGCCUGCUUUCGUUUAGGCUAUCAAACUUCAGUUUUGUACAAAUCUCUCCAUCCAGAUAAGCUGGUGAGUCCCCCGGCAUCAGCUGCGGCAUCCAGCGCCUGCUCGUCCCCCUCACCGCAGCCUGCAAUGCCAGAGCCGGAUAUCGUUGCCGAUCCUGUACAUCUCUCUUCUAAGGGUAACCGCAGGAAGCCAUUCUGCAUGUGGCUCAGUCAAUAGGAAUGCUCUGCCUUAAGCCCUGGGUGGUGGCCUUACAGAUUCUGCUUUGCUAAUAUAACAUUUCUUGGUCUGCCAACACAAACUUGUCCAGGUUUUAAAGCCUCUGAAAUAUGGAGCUUAGCUGGCUGUCAGCCAGCAGUGCAGCUUGUCUCCAUAUCUAAAGCUGACCCUUUCUAUUUGAGGGCCAACGAACUCUGAUCACUUGUAACCGAUUUAGCUUAAAAUUGAUUUUACCAGACUGCAGCAUAACCUGAGCAUCUAUCUGGUAUCUGUAACGCCACAUCUCAGCGGCCAGCAUGCUUUACAAGCUUCCAUUAAACUCAGCCCAUAGACUUCCAUAUUACAACUCAUCUGGCAUGAAUUGUUAUAGCUUGGCAUAAUGGAGCAUUAAUUCAUAGUCCUUUUUGUAAUUUUCUUCAUAGAUCCCUUAGGAUCCCUGCAGACUAGCAAUUUGCCCAUUUUUAGACUGGCCUUUGCCAUUUUGAUUUUAGCCUGACUAUAGGUGACUGGGAGGAUGUCAUGCCAUCCAGCUAUGAGGAUAGUAUAAUCCUUAAUGUUAUCCUUUACUCCACUUAUUGACAUGCCUUCAUGGGUUGUUCCUUUUGACAUUUGAAAGCCGGCAAACUACAAAUCCCAGAAAUCUCUGCUUUUCCCACAUAUCUUUGCUGCGCAGUGAUUUUAUGCAUAUUUACUGUGUAAAGUUGGCUAAUCUGAGACUGUUGCAUAGUCGGUGAGCUUUCCCACUUUACACUAAAUGUGAGCCAUUCAGAUUGUAUUUAUAUCAUUCAUAAACAAAGCCAUUGCUAUCUGGAGAGGUUUUUAUAGCGCUUGUGUUGGGUAUUCAUCGCGCUUUUAAACUGCAUCUGUCAAACAGAACAUAAAACAGGUACUUGGUCAGCACAGUUGCAUACUAGGAAAUGUCAUUUUAUUGGCAGAAUAAUGCAUGGAUGGAAAUUCCCUGGAUCCCCAGCAGGUGGCGUAAUACCUCCUAGUGAAUGGCUCUUGUGUAAAACAAUGUCUGACCUGCAGUUUGGAUAAAUUCUUCCAUUUACUUAACUCUUAAUCGGGCUUCAAUCUAAACUCUGGGAUUUGUUCAAGGUGCUGGGAAUGUCCAUGGCAUGAUCUAUUCCUAUUGGCCAGGGGCCAAGCGAAUGCCCUGUGGGGGGUCCAGUGUAGAGGCCAUGGUUUGUAGAACAGUGUCUAUGCUUCUAGCCCUAGUUUAGAAUCUGCUCUGUAUGUGGAGGUUCUGAUGGCUGAGUUUGUGUCUUGCCAUGCUUUCCCGUCAUUCUUCCUCCUGUGCCGUGUAAACAGUACAGUGUUACAUGUUAAAUCUAUGCUUAUCAGCUUCUGUUUCCUACAGUUACGCAGCGGGCGUUUCACCCAUGGGUGGGGAGUGCUUUGACAUGACCAUUCUGAUCUGGAUAAUGCUAAUCUGUGAUCAUUCAUGAAAUUGGAAGUCCAUUGGCCCACUAAAGUUAAUCUACAACUGAAAGAUCUUGAGACUUAAUUAGUCCCAAGAUGUCUUACUGCUGCAUGGCCUGCCCUGUACCCGCUUUACUGUGUGCUUGCUGAUCUGUAUCUACCUGCUUGCUCUCUUCCUGUCUGUACCUGUUCCUGGCUCUGCUGACCCCAGCCAGUUCCGUACUAUACUGUAAAUUGUAUUUUAUUUUUUCCAGCAGCUGGCUUUCCCUCGAUACCAGUAAGGAAAAGCCCCAUGGUAGAGCAAGCUGUUCAGACUGGCCCUGUUGAAACUCUGGCCCAAAAGAAGUUGCAGCUGGGAAAGGGGCCUCCUAUUGGCCAACUUGGAAACAGACAGGGUCCAAUGCCAAGCCAGCCUGUGCCAGUGAAUGGUAACUAACCUUGGAAAUGCCAUUCCACCACUGAGAUCAAGCCAUUGUCUUAGUCAGUCCUCCCUAUAGUGACCUCAAAGGCACAGUCAGCAAUCUCAGCAUCUCAUAGUACUGUACCACAUAGGAAGCCUGCUCUGUUAAUGCUAAGGAGUUGCUAGUCUGAGUGUCAGCGCUCACGUUUCAGAAAAAGAAGCAAAAUAAGAUCCGUGUAUCUGCACUGCCUGGUGUGAGGUUUCCUGAUGGGUAUAAACCAUUUAAUCUCAGAGCGUUGUUACCAAAGCCAUCCAAACCACUUCGUCUCUAUCCUAUAUUUCAAUGUAGUGGUCCUUUAAAGAAACACUAUAGUCACCUUAAUGACUUUAGCUAAAUAAAGCAGUUUUAGUGUAUAGAUCAUUCCCCUGCAAUUUCACUGCUCAAUUCACUGUCAUUUAGGAGUUAAAUAACUUUGUUUCUGUUUAUGCAGCCCUAGCCACACCUCCCCUGGCUAUGAUUGACAGAGCCUGCAUGAAAAAAAACUGGUUUCACUUUCAAACAGAUGUAAUUUACCUUAAAUAAUUGUAUCUCAAUAUCUAAAUUGAACUUUAAUCACAUACAGGAGGCUCUUGCAGGGUCUAGCAAGCUAUUAAUAUAGCAGGGGAUAAGAACAUCUUAAUUAAACAGAACUUGCAAUAAAGAAAGCCUAAAUAGGGCUCUCUUUACAGGAAGUGUUUAUGGAAGGCUGUGCAAGUCACAUGCAGGGAGGUGUGACUAGGGUUCAUAAACAAAGGGAUUUAACUCCUAAAUGGCAGAGGAUUGAGCAGUGAGGCUGCAGGGGCAUGUUCUAUACACCAAAACUGCUUCAUUAAGCUAAAGUUGUUCAGGUGACUAUAGUAUCCCUUUAAUUUAAUACUGCAAUGUUUACAUUGCUGGGUUACACAGUUGCUGUCUUCUAGACAACCACUAGGAGACUUUGUAUUCAGUCAAAUGCUGCGCAUUGAGAUCAUCUUAUUGGGGCAGCAUGGCAAUUUGCCACAUAUGUACAUUAGCCUUACUAUUCUUCAAUAUGGUAUUGGACUGACUCAGAUCAAUCUUGAUCUCAGCCAGGGUGGCCGUGUGGAGACUACCGUGAAAGAGUAGCCGUAACUAGCUCAUGGAGUUCUUUAAACUUCUCCUGUUGUAUGAAUUAUUGACACUGUAUAAGGGAGCUGGUAAAUUUAAAUGGUUUGUUUAUCUGUACCAUUAUCCAGAAAGAUAUACUUUAAACAGUGUGGUUUACUAAUGUGAACACAUAUCUGGAGUGUGUUAAUAACCACUGUUCUCUCAGUGAAGCUCUGCAAUGCUCCUGCUGGUGGUAAAGACUUCUGAAAUCCGCCGUGGCAGGAUUAAGCUGUGCCAAACUUAAUACAGGACACAAUUUAGGCUGCAAAUGGUAAUGCUGAUUGCUGCCCAUUGAUGACUAUGGCUUGUAGUACAGUCAAUCAUUAAAAGCUUCACUGUCUGACAUUUUUCUACAGUUCCUCAACCCACAGCACCAACUCCAGGGACGAUAAAUGAUGAGAAUAGGCGACCCCCAAGACGAAGAUCAGGUAAUGAAGACCCGGCGAUACAUACAUAGAAAAUACUAAAUAUGCAAAAAUGUUGAAAUACAGCCAAUCUCUCUCCCAGCAAUGGCAAGGCAUACAAUUCCAGACCGGAAUAGUGGGAACUCUUAUAAAAAUGGAGAAUGUAUUGAUGGUGCAAGGCGCCAAUAAAGCAAAAGCAUUGACCAAUUUAGUCUGCAUAACUUAAUAAUCCGUGUGAUCAUAUUUUAAAUUCUGGAUACAGUUGGUAUCAGUCCUACAGGUUUCAUCACCAAGAGUAACUCCCUCCCCAUGCUUCCAUUGGUCCAGAUAGUUAUUAUAUUGCUGUGAUAUUUAAUAAAUCAGACCCCAGGCUGUUACUCCUAGUUAGGUCUCAUUAUCUAAGCUGUUUCUCCACUGGGAGAUCUAGUUAUCUCGGGGCUGUUUCUCCACUGGGAGAUCUAGUUAGUUAUCUCUGGUUGUGCGUAGUGUUGCUGUUUUACCAUUAUUUGAACUAGCAUCUUGGGUUUCAGUACUCCUUUUCUUUAAGCUUUUUGGGAAGCAGGGGGACAACAACUGGUCUUUCAACAAAGUAACUGACUUGGCAGGUAACCGGCGAACAAGAAACAGAUCUCGUGGCCAGACCAAACCAACCACAGUGAAGGAAAACGCUAUAAAGUUUGAAGGAGACUUUGAUUUUGAAAGUGCAAAUGCUCAGUUUAACCGUGAGGAACUGGACAAGGAGUUUAAAGAUAAAUUAAACCUGAAAGGUGAGUAUGACUAAAAUAAAUCUAAAGGUGAUGCUGCAUAUGUCCUAACAAUACUGUAUAAUCUGACAGAUGACAAGCCGGAGAAAGAGGGCGAGGAGAAGGGAGACUCUGGAGUGGAAACGCAAAACAGUGAUGGCUCUCCAGAAGAAGAUCCUCUGGGACCAAACAUUUACUAUGACCGGUCAAAGUCUUUCUUCGACAACAUUUCUUCAGAGAUGAAAUCCAGGUAAACCGUGUUUUUAGAAGCGGCAGAUCAUCCCUAUUUGACCAGAAUUGGAUGCAUUCAUUGUUUCCGAUCUGGUAUGAUGUGGCAGUAUGUACUUGUUAUAAGAUAAUGUCUGUAUAGAAACACUGUCACACCUUGCUACUUUCAUAACCUGACAGAAUUCCCUCAAGCUCUGCAGAGGGCCUCAGCACCAUAAUGGCUACAGCAGAUUUUGGCUAGAAUACUUGGUGUCCUGUUAAUGCUGUAGAUAAAAUCUGCACCAUUUAAAUACUUCCCAGCUUUUCAGUUGCCUUAUUGAACAUAGACCUAGAACAAUAAUUAGCUGUUGAACUAAAAUUUCCAUGUAGCUUUGCUAGACAUCAUGUAUGGGGGUAAAGCAUGAAGGAAGCUGGGGGGCCUCCUGGCAAUAAAAGAUAAUCCCUAUUUUGCUGGCUCCUGUGACAUGCCAAUACAACCACUUGAGUAGAUUUUUAUUUUUUUUUCCCCAAUAUAAAAUGGGGUUCAGUAGGUCCAUUGCUGCCCAGAACCAUUGCUCUGUUUCUAUUGCCCUGAGAUACAACAGAGGAGGCUCUUGGUGACUAGGACCUCCUGAUGGCACAGCUUACUAGUGAAUCUCUGAUCCUGUAGACCAGAUUCCAUAGCUAGUAAUGGUAAAGCCAGUCUUCCGAUUCCCAUACCACUCUCAUUGGGGAUAUUGAUAAAGGCUUAGAUUAGUGGGAAGAUUAGAGCAUAUCUCUUAGAUGUCACUCAAGUAAUCGGACUGUCUUAUUUCAGACGCACUACAUGGGCAGAAGAGAGGAAGCUGAACACUGAAACAUUUGGAGUCUCUGGCAGAUUUCUCAGGGGCCGAAGCUUCCGUGGUGGAUUUCGUGGUGGUAGGGGAAGCGGUGCUCCUCGCAGAAACCAGACUACGCAGAGGGCUGGGACUGGGAGAGUGUGACAACCAGGGACAAAAUACUAUCUGCAGAUGAACUUGUCUUCCAUAUUUUCCCUUCCCGAUGCAUUGUAGCAAAUUGUUAUGACCCAGUGGCAUGUCUCCAGUACUGGGUGUGGAACCUGUGUGGUUAGGAGGUAGACUGAUGGUCACACUUUAGGAAGCUGCUGGUGGAUGAGCAGCUGGAUUUGAGCCCCAAACUAGUGAUUUGUGGCAAAACCUCAAACCCUCUUACUUUUUAAGUUGCAUAUUUUUUUUUCAGUGGCCAGCUUUUAGUGGUGGGAGUCUUACUUUGCUGGAGCCCAUAUGAUCUCCCUCCUGUGCUCAGAGUGCUAGUAUCUUAAUUCUAUACUGCCACUCAGGAGUUUUUUUUUUUUUUGUUUUUUUUUAAUGGUGCAUAAGCAGUACUGUGGGUGGUGGGUUUUUAAACACCCUUUCUUUUCUUUAAGAGCACUUGUUUUCAGUAUUGCCAGGUACAAAAAGCAAAGCCACCUGGGUGGAGACAAAUAUGUGUAUAUAUAACCAAAAACCCUGACUACUGCUGAUCAACCAUAUUGCGCUGACUUCUAAUGCUUCUUACAGCACACAAAGCUGGGCUAUUCCUGCCAAAAUAGCUUGGGCCUGUAAGAACAAGGCAAAAGCUUGCAUGAGAGGGUGAAUUCAAGUAACUUUUCUUUGUCUUGUCUUGUAUUUCUUUGUUUUAUUUUGCGAAAUAAAAUGCACUUAUCCGGUAUUGUCAAUGACCCCAAAUGACAAUUUUUAAGUUAUGCAUUAAAUAAGUUAAAAUGAAGUGUCUUUAUUUUUGUAGAAGUCUGGUGGAAUAAACCAGUAGCCACGGGGAUGUGAUGUAAAUUGUAAUCUGACAAUAAACCGACAAAUGUUUAAUA